GUUUAGUCAGGCUUUUAUUAUUGACAUGAAACAUGAUGUGCUCAGAAGUAGCUGAUACUUCCUUCUCGUGGUGUUACUUUAGAGAGGACUUUAUCUCUUCUGCUGUAGUUAAUGUGUGACCCGCUCUUCUGACCCAGUUGUGAAAUGGACCGGCCUUGAAGGACUUCUGGGAGGGUUUUGUGAGAAAGCAGCUUAUCUCAGCUCAGAUGCAGGUAUAAAACACAGCUCUCAGCUCCAGAGUCAGUGUGGAUUUACAUGAACCUGCAUCUUCAUCAUCAUCAUCUUCAUCUUCUUCAGUCUGAUCAACAUGGGUGUUGCGUACAGCGUGGGAGAAGUCGAUCAUCUGUACACGUUCUUCGUCCAGUGGUCUCCAGAGACCAUCUACAGCAAACACAGCAGCAAACCGGACUUCCUCAGGGUCCACCCGGAAGCGCUCGACGUGAUCGACUCUCUGCUCAGCAGUUCUGCAUCAGAGAAAUGGGAGAUCGUGACUGUGAAGCAGCAGAACAAGCGGCGUCCGAGCAUCUGUAGCUCCGCAGACUCUGAAUCUGACGAGCUGCUGCCUGUUUUAAUAGACCCAAGUCAGAUUCUGAACGAGCGGCAUCUUGAACACCUGACCAGUCACAUCCCGGCGAGGACGCAGGGUUCCUCUUGGAAGCUGGUGUACAGCACCGUGGAGCACGGCACCAGCCUGACCACACUGUACCGACAGAUGAGAGAGUUAGACAGACCCGUGCUGAUGGUCAUCAAAGACACCGACAACCAGGUACACUGACA